AUGGAUUCCAAUGCGACGAAUAGCACCCUUACCACGGCCCCUCAGUUUGUGCGGACGUCAGUUCGCCAACGCUGGAUCCUCGUGACCUUCCUAGGUCUCAUCACAAUAACCUCGUGCUGUGGGAAUAGCUUGGUACUUUACCUGGUCAAACCCAGAAAGGGCAUUACCACGACUUUCCAGGGCCGCAUCACCACUAAAUACUUUGUCCGAAGUCCGGCCCUGUCCGAUCUCAUGCCGGGCCUGGUGGGAAUCCCACUUCUACUAGCAGAACUUACCACUGAUUUCCUGGAAAAAAACACCAUUUGCCAUGUUCAUAGGUAUUUCCAGAUCGUGCUCAUAUACAUCACCAUCACCAACAUCUCGGUGUUGGGCGUAGAGAGGUACCUGGGCAUUUACUUUCCACUUGCCAGACCUUCCAGGAAGACGGUGUUGCGAGCAGUUCUGAUGGCCUGGCUUGUGGGCGCAAUAUCCGCAGCCAUACACCCGGGAUAUACCGGUACUAUGAAAUCAUACACCAUUGACGCGGAUCACUAUACUCAACUCUGCCUAAUCGAUGACGACCCCCUCUCGGUGAAACUAAACCUCGGUAUUUCCAUCAUGGUGUUUUUCAUCCCCGGGAUUGUCCUGAUCGCCAUGAGCAUCCGCAUUCUGACGUACUUGAGCCGCAAACGUCGCCAAACCAGCCCUCAGCAGCCUCUCCCCACAUCAGUAGUAAGGGGUGUGAGUAUAGGGGACGGCAGGAAUGCGUAGAAUGUGGUGAAUGUGCCACACCUAGCUUAAAGGAUUUCCGGUGACAAGUAUCGGUAUGUGUGGGUUGGGACCUAGGGGGGGAAAGGAAUGCGUGCGUAUCAAGUAUCGGUAUAUGGGGUGCCCUGGUGUCUAGGGGAGGAAAGGAAUGCAUUGGUGGCGCAUUUCUUGUUACGCUCAGGGUUCCGCUUAACGGGCCGCGUUGACGUAGUGCUGUGUGUUUAUCAUCCAGGGGGUAGUAUAAGGUCAUAGCGGCAUCGUUGUAUGAUGCGUUGACAGGAA